AUGUUAGAUUAGAUCUAAAAUUAGAAAAUUGCUUCACAGUCGAUAAUUAUAUUUGGAGAACAACAAAUUAGUUUAAAAAUAUUUUAGAGAAAUAAAAAAACAGGAUAUUAGUAUUAUAUUGUUAGAAGAAGAAGACUGAUAUUAAUUUUGUAAAAAGACUAAUUUUUCUUUGUUCUAUUAAUAAUUUAAUGAUCACAUAAUAUUAUCUAUAAAUAGAAUUGCUAUUAUGAAUUUAAGAAGAGAUUCAUAUCAAUAAGGGUACAAUUGAUAACUUGCAUUUUUGACAAUAUAAACCCAAGAUGUAAAAGUAUUAUAUUACAAAAAGGAUUUUUAUUGAGAAUCUUUUUUAGAACUCAAAAUUUUAUUUCUUUGUUGGUCUUAAUGAAAAGUAUUCAUUUUAUGAGAUAAAACUAUAUGUUCUAUUUAUAAAUUAAUUGGAAUAUAGCUUAGGAUCGUUAUAUAUGUCAAGGAAUUAUUUGUGAAGUUAUUAUGGUAUUUAAUAAAAGUAAUUGA